UCCAGCCAAUUCUCACUCCAGAACGACGGCCAGAUUGGCGGAGGUGCCCCUAUCCGUGAUUUAACCUUUAGUAAAAUUUUACUUCACCGCCAAAAACAAUCGCAAAAACUGGACUAGAAAUCGAUCUCCCUAUACCCAAAUUGUCAUUCUCGUUCUAUUAAUAAGAUAAUUGGCUAAAUCCUUGGCGAAAAUUUAAAAAAGUCAACUCUUCAAAUAAUGGGGUGUGAAACCUGAAAGAGGACUAUGAAAAUCUUCAAUAAAUGCUGUUGCUGUUCUUUAAGAACCGGCACAAAAAUAAUAGGCUAUUAUGAAGCGAUAUCUGGGGGAAUAAUUUGUGUCAUAUUCAUUAUAUUUUUAUUUGUAUAUCUCCUUGCAUCAUCAUAUGGGUUGAACGAACUGGAGGCAGAAUCGAAAUUGAAAAACAUGACAAGUCUGUCUAACCUGACUAGAGAAACAGAAGUCGAGACCAAACCCCAGCGAGCAUUAGUCGCAUUUUCUUUAUUAUUUUACAUUACUUAUUUCCUCUUUUAUGCUAUAUUGGGAGGGGUUCUCAUUCAUGGUGUGAACAAUGAAAAACGGAAUCUAAUCAACAUAUGGGUAAAAGUGAAAAUCGCUAUUCUAAUAUUGUCAUUAAUACCACUAGUGUUUCGCCUUUUCUUAUUGCUGUUUGAUUUGGAUUCUAAACUAACUGGAGAUAUUGUUAUGGGAAUUUGGGACCUUGUGCUUAUCGCAUACGUUUACAGCUACUAUGAAGAAAUGGAAGAAGUCACUGAGAAUCCGAUGGCUGUUCUUUAAUAAUAAAGGCCUUCAAAUGCAAUAUUCAAUUAAAUCCAGCUUUUAUUUACCAAAUCAAUUUUAAUUAUAAUAAUGAUUAAAGUUAUUGGACUUUUUAAAUGAUUACUAUUGUGAAGAAAAUAAAAAUAAAAUAUGAAAUAAAUAAAAAAUAAGAAAUGUCAAGCUGAAAUAUCUUGAAUACAGAUUGUUCCAAUUAGUUAAAGAUUUACGCUUAACUUCAUGUAAAUUUAAUUAAUUUCAUUUUAUCUUUAUAAUAUUUUUUCGCUAAAACAGUAGCAGAUAUUCUAAAAAACAAAAACAUUUCUCCAGCAUGGAAACAACCGUGAAACAAUAAAUAAACUUAUCACGCAGAAGUAUGCAGUUAUUUGUAGCAUAAAUUAUACAGUUAUAUUACAUAGUAUAAUUAGAAAUAAUCUAUACUUAACUUUAUUCUUACCUACUGCAUUCUAACUAUCCUAAAUUAUAACAUUUCAUUCUUACUGUUGCAACCGAUAAACUGAGUAUGUGAGUAGUGGCUAGAAGGAUUAAUAAAUUUAUAUAAUUAUUCUUAUGUAUUUAUUUAUGACGUGAACAGUAGAAAAUAGAGCAGCAUUGUUAGUAAUGUAUUCUGGAUAUUUUUGAGCUAUACUACAGCUAAUUACGGUAAUAAUAAUUUUAUUUAAAAAAAAUUUAACAUAAAUGAAGUAACAGGAAAAGGUUAUGCUGAAUAUUAUAUACACAUCGAUACUCAAUAUUAUAUGUUUAUUUAAUAUUCCAAUGUAAUUAUGCUGAUUUGUUUUGCUGUUUUGUAGGGUACUAAUGAUUCGAGUAUUUUUUUAAAGAAAACGAUUUUUUUUUCAAGAUUAGUAAGUUUGCUAUGAACCAUUUUUUGGUUUUAUCUGAUUUACACAAAUCCAUAAUGCUAUAGAUAAUUAAUAAUCGUGGAAUGUAAUGAGUCAUUUUUGAUUAAUCAAAUUUGUAUGAUGUAAUUUUUAAAAAAUCGAUUUUUUAUCAGCAUAAUUGUCAAAACGGAUUUCCCACCUUUAUGUUUAUGUAAAAUUGAUUUUUGGACUUAGCUUUCUAUGGGAAAACAAUAUUUCUUCAGUAUUUAGUAUAUGUAAAAAAUAAAGC